AUGUCUAAUUCUGGCCUCAGGAAGAAUGGAAGCCUGUCUUUCUGCAGUGAAUUCACAUUGGUAGCCUUUUCUUCUCUAGCAGAGCUGCAGCCUGUCCUCAUUUUGGUGUUCUUGGUUACCUACUUGUUUACUGUGGGUGGAAACCUCACCAUCAUCUGUGUGAUCUGGGUCACCCGUUCUUUGCACACACCCAUGUAUUACUUCUUGGCCAACCUCUCCUUUCUGGAGAUGUGCUAUAUCAGUAGUGUGGUGCCUCAGAUGCUGGUGCACUUGCUGGUGCAGAUCAAGACCAUAAGUGUGAGAGGUUGUGCAGUUCAGAUGUAUGUAUUCACCAUCUUGGGGCUGACAGAAUGCUGCCUUCUGGCAACUAUGGCUUAUGAUCGCUUUGUGGCUUUUUGUCAUCCACUGCAUUACCCUCUGCGGAUGGGCCCUUCUGUCUGUUUGAAAUUGGCUGGUGCAUCCUGGAUGACUGGGAUCCUCGUAGAAUCAGCCCAGACCACCUGGAUCUUCACUCUGCCCUUUUGCGGAGCAGGAACAAUUCAACACUUUUUUUGUGACAUCAUGCCUGUGGUAAAAUUAGCUUGUGUGGAUACUUCCCAGAAUGAAAUUGUGAUAUUUAUUAUUUCUCUUAUCUUCAUUAUGAGCCCCUGUCUCUUCAUUCUGUGCUCCUAUAUCCACAUUAUUCUGACCAUCUUGAAAAUGCCCUCAGCAGCAGGCAGACACAAAGCUUUCUCCACCUGCUCUUCUCAUAUCCUGUUUGUUUCUCUUUUCUAUGGCACUGCCUUGUUUACUUAUCUCCAACCCAAGUGUUCACACACCCCAGACACCGACAAGGCUACUGCUCUCAUGUACACUGUGGUCACUCCUGCUCUGAAUCCUGUUAUCUACACUUUGAGAAACAAGGAAGUGAAAGAAGCCUUUCACAAGGUAACACAGAGGAAACUUCAUAGACAAAUAGACUAG